AUGGCUUCUCUGUCACAUUCACCAGUGAUCGCCACCACAAGCACCAUUCCCAGUACUACAACUUCUUUGUCUUCCUUCUCUCACAAGAAUUCCCAAAUUUCCUUAAUUCAGAAACCUAAGCAUUCCUACGCAUGGAGCAGAGUCUCAUGCAAAGCCACAAACAGUGACCAAAACCCUUCCAACAACUCCAACGAUGCACAACCUCUAGGCAGAACCCUAGACCGGAGAAAUGUACUUCUCGGUCUCGGAGGACUGUACGGAGUGGCCGGUCUCGGCACCGACCCUUUUGCCUUUGCCAAGCCUGUGGCUCCUCCUGACGUCUCCAAAUGUGGAGCCGCAGACUUGCCUACAGGUGCGCAAAAAACUGAUUGUUGCCCGCCGGUAGCCAAAAAGAUAUUCGAUUUCCAGCUCCCACCUCAGUCUAAACUCCGCGUCAGGCCAGCGGCUCACGCUGUUGACAAAGCCUACAUCGAGAAAUACUCCAAGGCCAUCGAGCUCAUGAAAGCUCUCCCUGAUGAUGAUCCACGCAGCUUCAAGCAACAAGCAAACAUUCACUGUGCUUAUUGUGACGGAGCUUACGACCAAGCUGGCUUUCCUGAUCUUGAGCUCCAAAUCCACGGCUCGUGGCUAUUCUUUCCCUUCCACCGAUACUACUUGUACUUCUAUGAGAGAAUCCUGGGCAAAUUGAUCAACGACCCGUCGUUCGCCUUGCCUUUCUGGAACUGGGAUGCUCCGGCUGGCAUGCAACUCCCAGGCAUGUUUGCCAAUCCUAAGUCGCCGCUCUACGACAAGUUCCGAAACGCCAACCAUCAGCCGCCGAAGCUCAUUGAUCUCAAUUACAAUCUCAAGGAUGCAAACGUCUCUGACGAAACUCAAAUCAACACCAACCUCAAGAUCAUGUACAGGCAAAUGGUGUCCAACGCCAAGAACCCUAAGCUGUUCUUUGGAAACCCUUAUAGGGCUGGGGACGAGCCUAGCCCCGGAGGCGGAGCAAUAGAGACUACUCCACAUGGACCGGUCCACAUUUGGACCGGUGACAACACACAGCCGAAUCUUGAGGACAUGGGAAACUUCUACUCUGCCGGUAGAGACCCUAUAUUUUUCUCUCAUCACUCUAACGUUGACCGUUUGUGGACUGUGUGGAAAACCCUAGGAGGCAAGAGAGAGGAUUUCACCGACUCUGAUUGGUUGGAUUCCGGGUUUUUGUUCUAUGACGAGAACGCAAAUAUGGUGCGGGUGAAGGUACGAGACUGCCUUGAUUCCAAGAAGCUAGGGUAUGUGUACCAAGACGUUGACAUCCCAUGGACAAGCCACAAGCCAACUCCACGUAGAGUCAAGGAUGUCAUCAAGAAAUUUGGUCACAAGCUCCACGGCCACGGUGUUGCUCACGCCGCGGAGACUUCUACCAAGGUGGUGGCGGGGGCUCAUUUUCCGAUAAGCUUGGCGUCAAAGAUUAGUAUUGCGGUGGCUAGGCCGCAGCAGAAGAAGAGGAGCCAGAAGGAGAAGGACCAUGAGGAGGAGGUACUGGUGAUUCAAGGGAUUGAGUUUGACAGGGACGUCGGGGUGAAGUUUGAUGUGUAUGUGAACGAUGAGGAUGACUUGCCUAGUGGACCGGAUAAGAGUGAGUUUGCCGGGAGCUUUGUGAGUGUGCCGCACAGGCAUAAGCAUACCAAGAAGAUUAACACUGUCUUGAGGUUAGGGUUGACAGAUUUGCUGGAAGAUUUGGAUGCCGAGGACGAUGAAACUAUCGUGGUAACUUUGAUUCCAAGGUAUGGGGCUGAGCAUGUCAAGAUUGGUGGCAUCAAGAUUGAGUUUGCUGAUUAAAUCAGUGUUGUGCUUCUCCAAUUUGGUGAUUACUUCUUGGCUUUCGAAUAAUCAAAUGUACGUUUAUAAAUAAUCAUGACUGUGUGGCAUGCAGUUUCGUGCAUUUUCUCCAAUGGAAAAACUAUAUAUAUACCUUCUUUGUUU